CCUUCAAAGAACAUCUUGGAAGGAAGGGAUUUCUUGCUGCCUGCUUCGGAGAACUUUCUUGUACAGAUUAAGAACAAGAACAUGUCAUACCUUGCACAAGUCCAUAUAAUUGGUGGGCAAGGAGGAUCUGACUUUGAUUUUAAUGGUACUGGAAAUGGAGCCACACUGAAAAAGAUCUGGGUGUGGGCCGGCGGCUCGCAGAUAAAAUCCAUCAAGGUUUGGCUUACUGAUGGCCAGUCCAGGCAGUUUGGUGAACCUGCUGGGAAGUUUUCAGAAUUUAUAUUUGAAGAUGGAGAGUAUUUCACCUCCCUUUCACUUUGGGGAAAUGGAGCUGGAACACGUCUGGGUGGCAUCAAAUUCAAGACAAAUCGCUCCCAGGAGUUCUUUGCAUACAUGACAAGCUGGGGGCUGAAAACAGAAUAUCCAAUUGAUGUGGGUUCAGGGAUCUGUGUUGGAAUCAAAGGACGUGCCUGUGUAGAUAUUGAUUGCUUAGGCUUCAUGUUCAUCAACACCAUCAGGUCUACUCAGCUAACAGAUGUUCAGUAUCCCACACUUCAUAGUGUGAUACCCAAUGUGGCUGUUGAGGAAAUCAAAUCCAUGACUUACCAAAAUAAUACAAGUGAAACUCAAGUAUAUACACUGCAAACCUCCAAAAAAAUCACCAAAAAAUCCUCUUGGUCUGUUACAAACAAGCUUGAAUUCUCAUUUUCAAGGGAAGUGAAGGCAGGAAUUCCAGAGGUUGUGGAAGUAUCAGGUGGAUUUCGCUUCACAGUGGGAACCGAGAGCUCAUAUGAUUUAGAGAACACUGAAGAGAAAAUAGAGCUGUUCUCAUUUCCUGUCAAAGUCGCUCCAGGGAAAACCGUGGAUGUGGACAUCACAAUUGGCCGUGCUACAGUUGAUCUCCCCUACAAAGGCACAGUCAAGAUUACCUGCUAUAAUGACAGCGUGCUGCAGUUUCCAACCAGUGGAAUCUACAAUGGUGUCAAUUAUACAACAGCAAAAGUAAAUGAGAAGGAAUCAGCAAAAAAGCUUGCUGAGGAGCCAGGGGCUGAGAGUGAAUUGAUUCGUCAAACAUUUUAG